CAGUUUUGUAGGCGUUCCUGUAAAAAUCUUUCUACGUUUUAAAUCCAAUUAAUGUGGAUACGAGUUUCGUCUCGAUAUCUCUUCUGUAGACAUUACUGCAAAAUACAUAUGCAAACAGAUUGUUCAAAAGUGGAUCCGGAUGUGUUUUCGAAUUUCUUUCCGUAUUUUUUUAUCCGAUCAAUAGCUAAUCAAGAAUGUAGGAAACUGAUUGCAGAACUGUUUAUUCCAUAUUCGAUCCCAGCUUCAACUAAUUUUGAAGUUCAGCAGGAUCGUAGGCAACGACGAUUUUCUUUUGAAUGUUCAGUUCACGAACCCUUAUCGGUUUUCUUCACUCGUCUUAUAUCUUCCAUUAAUCGUCAGUAUUUGAAAGGAAAGAGUAUAUCAACCAAUAACAGAGUUUAUUUAGCUACGAAAGCUAACUUGGUUUGCAAAAGUACAGAUGGAUCUACUGCUUUAACAGAAUUUAGUAAUGACAAGACUCUUGAAGAUUGUUUUCUGUCAGAUUCUACUAAUAAUAAUGCUAGUAAACCGUAUCAAUUAUUGUUGCAAAUAAACUUUUCCAUGCAUGACUAUCCUGAAAAAAAUACCUUGCUUGUUUAUGUUGUCCAGAGAAACCCAGCACAUAUAAUCCAAUGCCGUUUAAAUACAAUUCCAAUGGUGGGUUGCCCUGUUGUACCGCUUCUUGAAGGAGAAAAUAUAUGUCUGACAAAUUCUGAAUUUCUAUGGUUUGUUGGACAGUCUAAAAAAUGGUCCGAUAAACCGUGUCACAAAGGCUUCUUAUUCAUACCAACUGAAGAUCAUGUUGGUUUAUCAAUUCAGUUGAAAGUUCGUGUACGUGACAUUAAAGGUAUGGCCGGUGUCCCAUUCGGAACAAACAAAUUCUUUGAUCCUUAUGGACAACCGAUUGAAUGCAAAUCGCCUGUACUUAAAGCUCCUAAACAAGUAUUUCAUCAACAGAGGUAUAAGUGGAUUGAAAACAAUCAGUUAGAUUCACAACAUUUACGUGUUGUAAGUUACAAUAUUCUGGCCGAAAUGUAUGCUCGAUCUGAUUUUGCUCGUGCCCAUAUAUUCAAACAUUGCCCAGAGGCUUGUAUCAGUUCAGCCUACCGAUUACCGUUGAUUUUACGUGAACUGUUUUCUUAUCAGUCGGAUUUUAUCUGCCUUCAAGAAGUUGAUCGAUGGGUUUAUGACAAAUACCUUCUAAAUGCUUUAAGAUCCCAUCGAAAUAUGGACGGUAUAUUCUUAGCCAAAAGAGCAGUCAUAACUGAUCCGAAUGAUCCGGCUAAAGUUAAAGUUGACACAAAAAAAGAAAAGGGUGAAGGUUGUGCAAUCUUUUACCGUCGUGCUCGGUUUGAACUUGUAUCGAAAUGCGGCCUACCAUCUAUACUUCAUUAUGCAUCAACCGUUCCAUUUUUAUCAACUAUGUUAAACAAUUUCAAUUCCACAACCUUAAGUUGUAGCUCAACGGGCCAUUCGUUUAGUGAAGAGAAUACCGAAACCCAUAUUCAGAAAUCAUUAUCGCAGUGUCUGAUCAGUGGGAUAUUUCGAGAGAAGUCGACCACAUCACAAUCUCCUUUACUGAUUGUUUCUAAUGCCCACUUCUAUUUUCAUCCUUCAGCUAGUCCGAUUCGAAUAAUUCAAGCGCGUACAGUUCAUUACUACUUAUCAAAACUUGCUCUGGAUUACAGACAGUCGGAUAAGCAAGUAUUUUUUUGUUUAUUGGUGUAUUUUUUGCUUUCCAGUCUUCAACACUCCUGUUCUAGUUCACUAAUAGUACUGGUAAAGUAGUGGUUAAAUAUGUACAUAUUACUAUGCGGAUGUGUUCGCUUGAUAUAGAUUUUUAGUUACCCUGUCCACCUAACAGAAGAUAGCUGUUGAUCUAAAUGUAUUCGUAUAUAAUGUAUACUCUUGAUGCUUAUUAUCACUUGAAUAUGUAAGACUUCUUAGGCUCUAAAACUUGUAACUUUUUUUAAUAAAAAUAAUCUUAAUCUAUUUUACUAGGUCAAUCAUUCCGUUAAUUUUUCUUUAUUUUCAUGUUCACUUCAGUAAACCAAUUCCAAUUGUUUUUUGUGGGGAUAUUAAUCAGUGUCCAGGUAGUGAUGUGUAUACCGCUCUCACUCAAGGUGAUGGAUGUUCAUCUGAUGAGGAGGUUGCUUAUCAGCCUGUAUUUGAAUCAGCUUAUGUAAAUAAUCCACCUGAAUUUACUAACUGGGUGCCCGGAUUUCACAAUGUUUUGGACGUUAUACUGUAUAAUACAGACUCAGAUUUAAAAUGUAUUCAUGUGUUGCCGAUUGAUCCACUGGAGAGAAUCAAAGAGUUGUUGAUUCAGUUAAUCAAUGAGAAUGGUCAAAUUGUGCAAGAUUCUAGCGAAUUGGGUCUCCCAAACGCCUAUUUCCCAAGUGAUCAUAUCGCACUUGUGGCUGAUUUUUCAUGGGACUCUUUAGAACAUACAAGUGAAUAGUUCUUCAUGUAUAACAACAGGAAAAAAGUGAACUUAUUAAAAAACAUGAUAAUCGUCAUCUUUUUAUUAAAUAAAUCAGUCAAUCUAAUAUAGAUUUAGUUUUGAUAAAUUUGAAGUGAUAGACACUUGUUUUUUUAAAGAUAAAUCUUAAAAUUGAGAUAACCGUAAUGUAAACAAUAUUUUGUUGUUGCUAUUUUCUAUGUUUACUUUGGUUUUCUCAAACGUUUCUUCUCAACAUAAUGUUGUUUUCUCCCUUAUCAUCCUGUUCUGGAUCAUAUGUAGAUUCUGACUGACAUUCUACAGACACCACUUCAAAUCUUCCUGUAGAACUAGAAGCUAUAAAAUAAAAGCAUUAAAGUAGUCAAACGAUUGUAAUUGUGGAAUAAAUUUUUGUACAGUGUCAAUUUAUUAAAUAAUUACUGGAUGAAA